AUGGUUCUUGGUGGUAGAAAGAGAUUGCGAUUGUUCAAGAAUGCAGAGAUUCAUAAUGAGUUCAAAGAAAAACUUCGUCUACAGAAGGAGAGGAAAAUUAAUGAAAAGAGCGUUCAGACCGCGAGGCGCAGGAGCGCGCCGACACGCGCUACUUCUACGGGGAGCUCGCCGGAAUGGAAACUAAGAGACGCCGACAACAAGCUGCUCACACACGCCAACAAGUUGCUCGAGGAGGCUGCCAAACAUGGCCGCCCGGACUUUGCCUUGCAUAAGGCUAUUGACCGUUACUGCAAGCUGUACCGCCUGUACCCGAUGCCGGCGCUGCCCGCGUCGCUGCAGGAGCACCACCCGCACUACGCGCCGUGGGACGGCUCCGCGCCCGACCCCUGGUACGAGGACCCGCCGCCGCCGGGGCAGGACGCUGCAGACACGGGGGCCAAGAGGGACGGCAUGCAGGACGAGAAGCCGGCGUCGUCAAAGCCAGAGUCGAAGAAACCUAGCAAGGAGAGCAAGCCAGAAGAGAACGUGGCCGCAUACAAGCGAAUCGGACCUGCGAACGGAUUGCAGCGACGCAACGCACAGACGGAUCUGUUGUUGCCGUCGAUCGUGACAAUCCCAUGCAAGACGGAGCAGUGCCGCUGUGACCUCAAACACAAAUGAAACUGCGCUUUACAAAAUAUUUCUUUUUUAAUCAUUUAUUCGUCAACUUUAGAAUUUUUGUCUAUUACAGAGAGCGUUACAUGGCACUUGCAUGUGUGUGACUAGAAAAUAGUGGUUUUGUGUCAAAAUGUUUGUGUAAUAAAGCUCAUCGGGUUUCAACUUAAA